CCGCAUUGAUCUGUGUGACCACGCCUCCGUCCGUACGGCCCCCCUGCAUGCGCGCUUUUUAUUGGCUCUUCGACAUGAGGUGGGCGUGGCGUGUUUAUUAUACUGAUAUAUCUAUAUAUAAUAAACCGGGUUCCAAUUAAUACCGUUGUCAGGGUUAGAGACGUGCCGCGUGCUCAGUGUAAACAAUGUGGACUUUGCUUCUUUCUGUAUUUAUAUAAGGAAAUAAAUCAUUUCCCUGGACGCUGUUAUACAGCAGCAGAUCAGCAGAAGAUGAGGGAUGUGUUGUGUUUCUCUCUCCUCGUUAUGGCCCUCGGUUCGGCUGAGGCAGGAUGCCCGAGGGAGUGUGAGUGCCCUCCUGUGGGCUCUGUGUGUCCUCUGGGUGUGAGUUUGGUCCCUGACGGCUGCGGGUGUUGUAAGGUUUGUGCCGCUCAGCUAAACCAGGACUGCCACGAGGGCCGGCCAUGUGAUCACCACAAGGGGCUCGAGUGUAAUUACGGCAACGAUGUGGGCAGAACUCGCGGAAUCUGCAGGGCUAAACCAGAAGGCCGCUCGUGUGAGUAUAACGGACGUAUGUACCAGAACGGCGAGGACUUCAGCGCAGGAUGUAAGCACCAGUGCACAUGCAUCGACGGUGCUGUGGGCUGCGUACCACUCUGCCCUACAGAAUUGCUCCUGGCAUCGCCUGAUUGCCCCGCACCAAAGCUGAUUAAAGUGCCGGGGCAAUGCUGCCCGAGUGUCGACUGCCACCGUGACUCCUCAGUGCUGCCCCCGGUCUACAGAGUCCCACAGCCUCCGCCAUACAUCUACCCUCACCUCCCACCCUACCCUAAAGCCUACCCUAAAUCCAAGCCUAAACCCAAGCACUACCCCACACAGAAGAAUUCACCCCCAGGGGUAGAGGACUUGCUCAGUAACGAGCUGGUGGAUGUGGGGAGGAAGUGGGAAAAGCUUCAAAGUCACAAACGUGUAACAGCCUGGAAGAAAAAGGGAAGCCAUAAGUGUGUGAUCCAGACUACCAGGUGGUCAUCGUGCUCUCGGAGCUGUGGUAUGGGAGUGUCCUCUCGUGUCACCAAUCAGAAUGCUCAGUGCAAGCUGGUUAAGGAGACGCGCCUGUGCACCAUCAGACCCUGCAGCUCCAUGGACGUGCCUGUGAAGAAAGGAAGGAAAUGUUCUCGCACGCAGAAGUCUCCAGAGCCGUUACGUCUCCACUACGCAGGCUGCCGCAGUGCUCGUCUCUACCGGCCCAACUACUGCGGCGUGUGUCGUGACGGCCGCUGCUGCUCUCCACGCCGCACCCGCACCUCGUCUGUGGUGUUCUCCUGUCCCGACGGCGAGCGCUUCGAGAAAUCCGUCAUGUUCAUUCAGUCCUGCAAGUGCAGUGACCAGUGCGAUCACCUGAAUGAAGCCUCGCUCACGCCACAGCGCUGGCUCUACGGAGACACACACAAGUUCGUCAACUUGCCACCUGUACCCCAUUCAACUCCACUCCUUUUUACCCAAGACCGCCCCAGAAUCAUCAGCUGUAGACGGCGCGCUGGUGUGAUCGAGCAGAGGAGAGCGGCCUUGAACAUUUAGUUUAGUGAACUUGUAUUGUACACUUUCUAGUUUAUUCCAUCGUAGAUGUACUGAGAAUCGCUGAUAGAACCUGGUGGAGGAGUAAAGGAUACGAUCUGAUGAAGAUGUUUCAUAUAAACAAUUGCAGCCUGAAUGAAAAGAGGCUGGACUAGUGGACUAGCGUAACCAUGGGGGACCUGGAAGCAGUGUGUAUGCUUUAAGUGUGUGUUCCAUUUGCCCCGGACAGAUGACAAGAUGGGAUAAACUCUAUCCAAAGCUUUUUUAUAUGCAGCUAUUAUUAUUAUUAUUAUUAUUAUUAUAACGAUAUGAUGGUAUUUAUUGUGUAUAAGAUGAACGAGCGUCUCACGUUCGCCACAGCUCACGCUUCACCUGAUGAAGGGAAACAUGAUGGAUUCCUGGACUGGAAACAGGCUUGUUUACUCGGGAUAGAAGAAUGUGGCCUUGACUUUGGCUCUGAUUCCCAGUGUCAGUGAUUUGUCUUUAUUUAAGCCUGAGGAUCCAAGUAAAGAAAAAGGAACGCUCUCCAAGUGCCCCGGGCGUCCUGGCGUCCACACGUCGAGUCGCAGACUCUGUGCAAAUUACAAUCCUGGGAGCAGCAGUUCCUCUGGUUUUGUGGUUUAAAAAACGAUUCAACAAACGCCAGCACAUGAAGCAAACGUGUAAUUUAAAAGUGACGAGCAGGAGCCGCUCCCGAGUCGCUCUGUAAUCUAGUGACAGAUGGUUGAAGCCCAGGCGUUGUGUCUUUAUGACACCGCGGGAUUCAUUUCUGCCUCCUGGCUUCUGACAUGCAGGAAGCUUCGAGGUGACAUCAUUGUCGUUAACAAGACCAAUAACCAUCAAGUAUACUAAGAGCGCACAGCAGAUCCCGGCGGCUCCACUCGGCUCACCGCGUUUAAACAGAUUCACCAGCGACGCCUUGAUGUUUGUAGAGUUUAAGCUAAACGUGUGUUGUUGUUUUUUAAUAUGUUCGACUUCACAUCGAUUUGAACACGUUAUCCACAUUACACGUUAUAAUUAGAAAGGAUUUCUAUUAAAACUCGCUGGAGUCGAUGUGGUUGGUGUCCAGCAAUGAAAAUGAAACUUUUUUAUAUUUGUAAAACAAGCCUCAUUUCUCUCUGCUACUUUUUUUAAUUAAUCCCCCAACUUGCGUCCUGUUUGUUCGGGAGGUAAACAAAUGCGCUCAAGGUCAGACUGCAAGUAAAACAUGCAUUUUGUAGUCGUGUGAAAGUAAAAAAAACUUUUUUUUAAAUAUUUUUUAUAACAAUACAUUGUUUGCAUCAUACAAGCCAGUUGAGAUAGUUAAUGGGGUUUUAAUUGGUUUUUAACACAACAGCCAACGAAACCCGUCUAUUUCUAAGGUAUUUCUAGCUGUUUAUUUGUAGCCGUCGACGUCGUGGUGAUGCUCACUUUGUUAAACACUUAUAGAAGAUUUGUUUAUUUAAAGUUAUCAACAGUUGGAUGUUAAAGGCGGCGGCCAUCUUGGACAAAAAGAAGCGGGAUGAAAACAUUUCUUAACGCAGGAUGUGAUGCUGAGCUAUGAUCCGAAAUGUGUGAAUGCAGAUUACUUCCGCGUGUAAACACGUGGGGUGUGUUAACGGGGAACGCUGAGUCACGCAGAGUCACGCAUUUUACACGUACAGCGACUCAAAGCAGCCGGAUAUCGUUCAUUUGUUCAUUUACAACGAGAGACUCACUUCCGGCUACGUGAGCGAACGUCUGCGACUAGAAAAAUCGAUCUUUACGUGAAUACGGAUCGACUCAGCGGACCAAUGGGAGUGAAGACAGUAAAGUGCUCACUGCUUCUCCUUCAGCUCGUGUGAAACGAUGCUUUUAUACACAAACAACAAACCUCACGUGUAACGCUGAGAAACGUUGUAACUAUGGCAACCGGUUGGUGGUGACUUCAUAGUACAACGACUGGAGAUUCGCAGAAAAAAUUGUGUGUGUGUGUGUGUGUGUGUGUGUGAAAACUGACUGGAGAAACCGUCACAGACUGUGUUGUGUUUGAGUAAACUUAGUGUUUAUUUUUUAUUUUCACUGUGGUUUUUUUUUUUUUUACUGUUUGUUAAUGGAUGUAAAUCUGAGGUUUUUUUUUAUUUCCCAGCAAUAAUUUUAUAUAAUAA